UCCCAGCUGCAGCCUCUUGGUGCUCACGCUCCUCCUCCCGCUCCCCACCCCCCCCAGCCCGCCGCGGCCUGGUAUCAACGUGUGGCCCCGCCAGGGGUGCCCUGUGUGCCUCGUGCUCCCGGGACGGCGGUGGUGUUCUCGGCUCUAGCCAUGGAGAUGGAGCAAGUGAACGCGCUGUGCGAGGAGCUAGUGAAAGCGGUGACGGUCAUGAUGGACCCCAGCUCCACCCAGCGCUACCGGCUGGAAGCCCUCAAGUUUUGUGAAGAGUUUAAAGAGAAGUGCCCUAUCUGUGUCCCGUGUGGCUUGAGGUUGGCUGAAAUAACACAGAUUGCCGUUGUCAGACAUUUUGGCCUUCAGAUCCUGGAACAUGUUGUCAAGUUUCGAUGGAACAGCAUGUCUCGAUUGGAGAAGGUUUAUCUGAAGAACAGUGUCAUGGAGCUGAUGGCAAAUGGAACAUUGAGUAUUCUGGAGGAGGAGAACCACAUUAAAGAUGUUCUGUCUAGGAUUGUGGUAGAAAUGAUCAAGCGAGAAUGGCCACAGCACUGGCCUGACAUGCUAAUGGAGCUGGACACGCUCUCCAGACAAGGGGAAACGCAGAGGGAAUUAGUGAUGUUCAUCCUUUUGCGAUUGGCAGAGGAUGUAGUGACCUUUCAGACACUCCCCACUCAAAGAAGAAGGGAUAUUCAGCAAACAUUAACACAGAACAUGGAAAGAAUCUUCAGUUUUCUGCUCCUCACACUUCAGGAAAAUGUAAACAAGUACCAGCAAGUGAAGGCUGAUGCUUCUAAGGAGGUGGAGGCUAAAGCCAACUGUCGAGUAAGCAUCGCAGCACUGAAUACUUUAGCAGGCUACAUUGACUGGGUGACUCUGAAUCAUAUCGUUGCGGAGAACUGUAAACUGCUGGAGACACUAUGCCUGCUUCUCAAUGAACAGGAACUGCAGUUGGGAGCCGCCGAGUGUCUGCUCAUUGCAGUCAGCAGGAAGGGCAAGUUGGAUGACCGGAAACCCUUGAUGAUCUUAUUUGGAGAUGUUGCUAUGCAUUAUAUUCUCUCUGCUGCACAGACUGCUGACGGAGGAGGCUUGGUAGAAAAGCACUACCUCUUCCUGAAGAGACUUUGUCAGGUGUUAUGCGCACUGGGCAAUCUGCUGUCUGCACUGCUGGGCUUGGAUGCUAAUAUACAAACACCAGGAAACUUUGGAAAGUACCUGGAGUCUUUUCUUGCUUUCACAACCCAUCCGAGUCAGUUUCUACGCUCUUCGACCCAUAUGACCUGGGGAGCCCUCUUUAGGCAUGAGAUUCUAUCCCGUGAUCCAUCGCUGUUAGCAAUAAUACCAAAAUACCUUCGUGCAUCUAUGACCAACUUAGUCAAGAUGGGCUUUCCUUCUAAGACAGACAGCCCCAGCUGUGAAUAUUCUCGAUUUGAUUUUGAUAGUGAUGAGGACUUCAAUGCUUUCUUCAAUUCCUCCCGAGCCCAGCAAGGAGAGGUGUUGAGAUGGGUAUGUCGCUUGGAUCCUAAGACCAGCUUCCAGAUGGCCGCAGAGUGGCUCAAGUACCAGCUGUCGGCUCCCAUUGACACGGGACCUGUGAAAUUGUGCCCUACAGCUGGAACUGGAGAGGGAGGCCUUUGCUCUAUCUUCUCGUCAUCAUAUGCACAGUGGGAAGCCAUGACUUUUUUCUUGGAAAGUGUCAUCAACCAGAUGUUUCGAACAAUAGACAAAGAAGAGGUCCCGGUUAAUGAAGGGAUAGAGCUGCUGCAGAUGGUUUUGAACUUUGAGAUGAAGGAUCCCCUCAUCCUGUCCUGUGUCCUCACCAAUGUCUCAGCACUUUUCCCGUUUGUCACAUACAAACCUGAGUUCCUGCCCCAUGUUUUCUCUAAGCUCUUUUCAUCUGUUACUUUUGAAACUGUUGGAGAAAGUAAGGCCCCCAGGACUCGUGCAGUGAGGAAUGUGAGGAGACACGCUUGUUCCUCCAUCAACAAGAUGUGCCGGGACUACCCUGACCUUGUUCUGCCCAAUUUUGACAUGCUUUAUAGCCAUGUGAAGCAGCUCCUCUCCAAUGAGCUGCUCCUGACCCAGAUGGAGAAGAGUGCCCUCAUGGAAGCCCUGGUUCUCAUUAGCAACCAGUUUAAGAAUUAUGAGCGACAGAAGUUGUUCUUAGAAGAGCUGAUGGCACCAAUGGUCAACAUCUGGCUUUCUGAAGAAAUGUGCAGAGUGCUGACGGAUGUUGAUGCCUUCAUUGCCUACGUGGGCGCUGAUCUGAAAAGCUGUGAUCCAGCUGCGGAGGAUCCAUGUGGCGCCAACCGGGCACGAAUCACCUUCUGUGUGCACAGCAUUCUGGGGGUGUUGAGACGAACCAGCUGGCCUUCCGACCUAGAAGAGGCCAGAACUGGGGGGUUUCUGGUGGGUUAUACACCCAGUGGAAAUCCAAUCUUCCGUAACCCCUGCACAGAGCAGAUCCUGAGACUGCUUGACAAUUUGCUUGCCCUUGUAAGAACCCACAAUACUUUAUACACACCGGAAAUUCUAGCCAAGAUGGCAGAGCCUUUCACCAAGGUUCUGGAUAUACUUGAAUCUGAAAAAACAACCAUAUUAGGAUUACCUCAGCCUCUCUUGGAAGUCAACGAACACCCUGUCUACAAAACGACCUUGGAGAGGAUGCAGCGUUUCUUCGGCAUCCUCUAUGAGAACUGUUACCAUAUCCUAGGGAAGGCAGGCCCUUCCAUGCAGCAAGAUUUCUACACUGUAGAGGGCCUCUCCACCCAGCUCCUUGGUUCAGCCUUCGUCAACUUGAACAAUAUUCCUGACUUCCGGCUCAAAUCUAUGCUUCGCGUCUUCGUGAAGCCCCUCGUGCUCUUCUGUCCCCCCGAGCACUAUGAAACCCUCAUGGCUCCCAUCCUCGGACCUCUCUUCACCUACUGCCACAUGAGGCUUUCCCAGAAGUGGCAUGUCAUCAUCCAGAGGAGCGCGCUGUGUGGAGAGGAUGAGAUUGCAGAGGACAACCCUGAGUCUCAAGAGAUGCUGGAGGAACAACUGGUGAGGAUGUUAACCCGAGAAGUCAUGGACCUCAUCACGACCUGCUGUGUAUCAAAGAAGACCGCCGACCACAGUGCAGUUCCUGCUGUGGAUGGAGAGGAUGAGGAGAUGAUGGCCACCGAAGUCACCCCUUCCCCUGUGGCCGAGCUCACAGACUUGGGGAAAUGUCUGAUGAAGCAUGAGGACAUUUGCACAGCACUAUUAAUUACCGCCUUCAGCUCUCUGACCUGGAAGGAUACGCUGUCUUGCCAGAGGGCGACCACACAGCUCUGCUGGCCUCUCCUCAAACAAGUGAUGUCUGGGACCCUGCUCGCAGACGCUGUCACAUGGCUUUUCACCAGUGUGCUGAAAGGGUUGCAGAUGCACGGGCAGCAUGAUGGGUGCAUGGCUUCCCUGGUCCACCUGGCCUUCCAGAUAUACGAGACGCUGCGCCCCAGGUACCUAGAGAUAAGAGCAAUAAUGGAGCAGAUCCCUGAGAUACACAAGGAGUCUCUGGACCAAUUUGACUGCAAGCUUUUAAACCCCUCCCUUCAAAAAGUAGCUGAUAAACGCCGGAAGGAGCACUUCAAACGUCUCAUCGCGGGCUGCAUUGGGAAACCCUUGGGAGAACAGUUCCGAAAAGAAGUUCACAUUAAGAACCUUCCCACGCUUUUCAAAAAACCAAAACCAAUGCUGGAGACAGAAGUGUUGGACAGUGAGGGGGGUGGACUGGCCACCAUCUUUGAACCCUGAAUCAAGCUUUUGGGCAUCCUUCUCCGGCCUUGGUUGUCAUCUCUUCCCCCUUGUAGUAAUCUCUAGGCCCUUGUCCUGCCACCUCGCUUUCCACCAUAUCAGCCUGGAGAGGCUCAGAUCCAGGACCAGCUGGAGAAGAGUGGGCCUGUGUGGGGCCCAAGUCACUCUACUGAAGGAUUGAGAAAAGGGAGUUAGGACUCACACCAUUCCACAGAGACGUCCUAGAGAGAUGGCAUUCAACUUGCAAUUUGGGCUUUUCCAAGAAAAGCUAGAACACAAUGGCCUUCCCCCAGAGCAGCCACACCAGCAUGGACAGGACCGGGUGCUGUGCCCAACACCACUGACCACACUUGCAAGGGCUCAGCCAGUUCCUCCUGGACUACAAGGGACCCACUUGAGCCCCUUGCUGCUGGGCUGACAGGGAUCCUUCUCUACUCCCAGGGGCAUGUUUGGCCUAGGUGCUACAUGCUGAACCACACUGAGCCAGUUCUUACCCUUAUCUUAAGCAAGAAUCUGGUCACUUGGUGGGAUCCAUGGUACAUACAGGCUUUUGCUAAGGUCUGAGCAGUGUCCAGGGACAAGAGCUGGGCAGUUUAGUCAAACGUGUUCUUUAAAAUGUAGGUCCUGCCCUUCUAUGAUUGACCCUCAAGGGCUUCCCCAGCCUCAGGGCCUCCUCAGUAUCACAUGAGACCAAUCACAUCCAGACCAAUUAAUCUCGUAUCUGGCAAGCUAGCAAAGCCACUGUCCUUUUGGGACUAGCUGAGUCCAGGUGCCUUUGAAAGUUUCUCAUGACUCUUCUCAAGGGUUACUUCAUCCCUGGAGGGAACACAAGCAAAGCAAGAUGAGUGUGAGGCCUGGCCCUGCCUUUAGGAAAGGCAGAUCUCACCUGUGUGUCUGCUCUGACAGGCCCACUCAGACCUGGUACAAGCGGCAGGCGCACACAGCUAAGUUGGCAAGUGCAGGCUGGGAAAUGGGAACUCGAGUGCCAGGUCACUGUCUACAGCUGCACAAGGCCAUCCCACUUUGCGUGGUGCUUGGAGUCUACAGGUUGUCAAGGUGAUUCCAGUGUUUCCCUCCAAACUUGACAGCUGCCUACUCCUGUCUGUCUGGUUCAGGCUGUGGAGGAUGUAGUUGUAUUUAUUAUGUUGUAAUAUUUUUAACAUCCUAUGACUUCAUGCUAGAAAUUUUCUAUUGUUUAUAGAACCUUUUGUAGAAAUGCUAACUCUAAAGGACAUCUGCAUGUCAGUAAAAAAUCUCCUUUCGUACA